AUGUCUGACGAGUCAUUCCCGCCAAUCUUUUCACCGACGCGCUCCAACACCCACGAUCCCUAUGGGCAAUUGCCCUGGAUCCGGAGGAUUCGUUCGACAAAGAACACUAUUCUUUCGUUUGAAGGACGCCAGCUCUUUCCGUGGUUCUGGCCUGUGAACAAUCGCGGCGAGAGAGUCACUCCGGACGAACUCAAUGACCAUCGCCUCACGCAUGAAUUCCGAGGGCCUGGAUGCCUCUGCGCAUCUCGCAUCCAGGCCCCUGAUGCUUUUACAGAAGCCCGCAUCUUCUGUGCUGAGAGCGGCGUUGUCACAGGUCAAUGGGUUGCCGCUUGCGGCAGGGGGGAGUGCAAAUAUUUUGUUCGUCUAGAGCCUUUUUACAUCAAACUGGGGCACCCGAUCCGUCGCUACGACCGUCGUCAGAACCCACUGCAUCCGGUUCCAACUGACACCGAUAAUCCGGAUGUCCCACCAUUGGUUUCUACUGAGCCGAACACACCUACUGGCCCACGUCGUACCACCCGCACCCGCACCUUGCGACGUGCCGAUGCGAUGAAUCCACUCAUCAAUGCUGCAGUGAGUCGUGCAGAACGUCAGGCACGCCAUCAUGGAAACCGACCACUUGUGAUCGUGCAAGGGCGAGGCAAAACUGAUGUUGAUAGGCAUGAUCCAUUUGCCAUUGCUCCGGGCAACCGUCCGCUUGCACCUGAACCCAUGCGCGCAUUUGGGCUCCUCCUCAAACUGGAUGAUUUCGAGGAUCCGGGACUAACGACAGGCCAAUUUAAGAGCCUGUUCGCAAAGUGUCAAUGCGGCCUCGUCAUGACCAAGUCGGCCUAUGACUACCACGAGUGUGCACUCAAGAAUGUUGUCAUCGAUCUCACUGGAGACGACUAA